AUGCCUACUACAUCGACACGGAGCCAGAUCCUUCGAUCUCUGUCCUCGGCCUCGUUGAGACCAGCGCGGAAGAAGCACCGCCUGUACAUUGUGCUGUACCCGCGCGGGGGGUCAUCGACGACGUCGUCCUUCCGCAACGACUUCAACUGUGACUCGUACCACUGGUCCCUGGUGGUGGCUCCGCCGACGGCUCUGCGACGAGACCGCGGCACGCGCUACCACGUUGCGCACCUGGACAACGUGUCCGGCAAGUAUUGCUACGAGGAACAAGACAUCCCGUCCCAUGCGGCCGCCCAGACCGGUCUGGUGCGCAUCACCGUCGCCAAAGUCACGGACGAGAGUCGGCUGCAGGCUCUGCUGCGCGAGAUCCCCGUGCGCCAGGACGACUCGGCGUUCAACUGUCUGACGUGGGUGCGCGAGGCUUUCGCCAAACUCAUGGACGACGGCAGGUCCAUCAAAAGCUAUCUCAACUCGGAGGAUUGGAAGACCGUCGAAACGUGCGCCAGGACCUACUGCAAGCGGAAGCGGGAUGCCGGCCGGUUUCAGGACAGUGCUGCUGCAGAGGUGGCGGCUUGGAGAUGGGAUGAAAUCAGCACUUUCAACUUCUGGGAGAACCGAGAAACUACUUCUUGA